CAGGAUUCAAAUCGUCAUGAACAGAACGGACAAACGUCAGCCGUUUUGCUAGGCAAAGGUCGCUGUUGGGAUUUGCUUCGACCGGAACACUUUUAUCCGUUCAAUAUCCCACUCCUGUUGCCUUCUCGUUUGGACCACCCGGAUGCAGCCUUAAACACGGACGGACAGGAAGGUCUGACACGUAGUACUUCCGGAUUGGAUCUAAGCGCUGCCCUAGUCACCGACACACAACGAUUUUUUACCGAUUCCGACGAACGCGGCCUGAAGGAGUAUCUAACUAUGGUCAACACUCGGUUACCUGUACCUUUACCCAUGCCGUAUCUGCUCGCGCUUCGUGAACGAGCCACCAUCUAUCAAAAGUGGCCGCAACACAUCGCUAAUGCUCGACUUACUCCCGAACAACGUCAAAUAUUCGGAACUCUGGUCGAUCAACGAUUUCGUCAGUGGCUGUCCGAAUCGGGUAAUUUGCGUCAGUUACAGUUGCUAGAACUUAGCACUGGUCACGCUUCAAAUGCGCAAAUUUGUAAUGCAAAUGGAACUCAAACGGAUACCGGAGGUGUACCGCCGAAAGCCAAUGCCAUCCCGCCUGCAACCGUUGGCCCCGAUCGGGGUCACACAAGUGUGCCCCGGUCUUCCAGUCAAGGGCGCCGUGCAGAACGUACACGUGGCAUUAUCACGUCCGAUGGUCAGUUGGUCAACGGUUCGUGCCUUUAG